AUGAACACAGAUGGCAAUCCCGCAGACACACAGGUUUCGCAUAAUAUAGUCGAAGCUAGCAAAAGACUGUUUUGCAAGCCCCCUAGCAAAAACGAGCCUUUAACCGUUGAGGUGAUCAGACGUGUCUGUCAAACAUUCGCCGGUUCAACGGCAACCAUUUUGGAUCUUAGAACUGCGCUAAUUUUUUCAUUAGGUUUUUCAGGUCUUUUUAGGAUUGGCGAAUUACUCGAGCUUCAAGCCAGGGAUGUCGUGAUUAAUGAAGAUCAUGUCGAGAUCACAGUGAAAAAGUCCAAGACGGACCAAUACCGGCUCGGUAAUAAAGUCUUUGUGGCAAAGACUAAUGGGCCAGCGUGUCCAUAUGGUUUGCUGUCUCGGUUUUUUCUUCUAGCGAAGAUACUGCCGUGUUCCGACCAGUAUAUUUUUCGAUCGGUCAAUUCUCUCAAACAAGGUUCAACGAAAUCUACGGUGAAUAAACCCAUCAGCUAUUCAAGAUGUCGCGAGAUUAUCAAGGAUACUUUGGGGAAGGUUGGAGCGGACCCGAAAUGCUACAGUACUCACAGCUUGCGUUCUGGUGGUGCAACGGCAAUGGCACAAGUUGUGACGGGUAAUCCAAGUCAGAGCAGACAUCUUCGCUUGCAAGGACGAUAG